AUGGCACAGGAUCUGACAGCAAAGGAGUCUAUGGGCUCGACAUCUCCUCUCAAGCCACCGAGGAUCACGCACAUUCUCGAGACGUGUCUGAUGGUCAAGGACGUCGGCGCCGCGACCGAGUUCUACAAGAAGGUGCUGGAUGUCGAACCUUUUUUGAACACACCACGCAUGUCCGGCUUCGCCCUGUCACAGACGACGCUGCUCCUCUUCCAACUUGGAGCCACUGCUGCCGACAGUCCCAUGCCCGAUGACCGCGGUGUGAUCCCUGGCCACGGGCCUUCGCAGGACGUCCUUAGUCUGCUCCUCGCCACCAGAGCAGAUGCAGGGGCGGCGACGACAGCAGCAGUUACCCCGGCAUCCUCGACCCGGGCAGAACUCCCAGGCCGACUGAACCAGCACUUCUGCCUUGCGGUAGCCUCGCCUGCUGAUGUCCAGGCGUGGGAGAAGUGGUUCGAGGAUAAGGACGUGGCAAUACUCGGGAAGGUGAACUGGCCACGGGGCGGCAAGAGCGUGUACUUUGGCGAUCUGGACGGGAAUGUCGGGGAGAUUGCCAGUCAAGGGAUCUGGGAGCAUUACUAG